UUAGUAGUAUAUAUCAUAUCAUAAGUCACAACCAGUCGAAAUAAAUCGGUGGUUAUCUCAAUUGAUAGGAAGGUCUUAGGUAGGGUGUUUGUGUAUCUUAUACUGUCAAAGUUUGAGAACAACUUAACUACGUAAGAAGUGGAAUAUGGAAACAUUUAAUAAAAUAUAAUAAACUGACCCAAAUAAGAUAAGGUUAGUAAAUCAAAGCAUGAAACUGAUCAUGCAUGGUCCAUAAAUGUCGCAUGAGACUGAUCACUGAUAGAUGACUGCUUUCUACUACCUACUUGCUUUUUAUCUCAAAAACUGGAAAAGUUAUUUUAUUGUGCGUCCAAAUUCAAACUUGAACCAACGUAGAACAUAUGUAAGUUUUAAUCUUAGUCACCAAACGUAGUUAUUACGUUGGUUGGGUCGGUGUCUGCAAAAUUAUGAGAGUUUUUGUAUCAUUUAAUUUUGGGUUUUAGAAAGAUGAUCAAUCGAUAAAUUAAUUUAUUCUAGUGGUUAACUAAAAGAUGACACAACACCACAUUCGAAUUUAUUUGAUGAUACACGUGUGUUGCCAUUAACACACAACACAACCAACAAAUGAGAUAGAGAGACCAUGGUGCGAAUUCUUUGCUUGUGGUUUCAUUUAUCAAUAUUUGGUUUUGUUUAUGACUUUAUGAAUAUUCCACGUUCCAUACUUCUAAAAUUUUUUUUUUAGUAAAAUGUUAAAUUUUAUACCAAUUUUAAAAUUUUUGACAGAAAUUACAAACAAAGAGAACAGAGUAACCAAAAUCUAAAAACUAAGACUAAGUAACAAUAGAAACCAAAAGAUGGACAUAAUCGACAAGAACACAUGUAAGCAGUCUAGAAAAUUCAACAUGUAGAAACACCGAUUCCAAACUUAAAACUCGGACAUUUGUGUUGUUGCCACAGAUCUAAAGUCCUCAUCAUCGUUGCCACGAACACCACCAUCCAAGGCCGCCCUCAAAACCUCGAACACGGGUAAGAGCCUACAGUUUCUCCGAAGACUAACACAAAAACGAAUGUCCAUCCAUACUUCUAAAGUUAGUCCUCGUUUCAUUAAUUAAAAUAAACAUUAAAUAACAUAUGUGAAAGAUGCCUUGAACCAUUGCAUACAAAAAGGAUAAAUGAAAAACUAUAUGAUAUAUAUGGAGAGUACGUUGAUAGGUGAUACUUCUUACAAAAACGGAAACUAUUUUCAAAAUGUAAAACAAAUCAACUCUAUGAAACAAUCAAUCUAUUUAGCAAAUCUCUCGUUUUAUAAUUAUUUUUAAAUAUGCUCAAACUUUUUUCGUGGAAACAACUUUAAUUUUGAUUGUAUCUAUCUAUAAAUAGUAAAGUAGUUGGUACAGGAGUUAUAGUUCCACAAAAUUAAUUUCAAACAAGAGCUCCCCAUAUCACUCUCUCUCUAUAAAAAGCCGUACAUGUCCUACAACUUCUGACACAACUUAAGAAACAAAACAAGAAAACACAAAUACACUUUCUAUGGAGCUCUUUUCACUCCCUUCUCUGUUCCUUAUCUCCACUCUACUCGUCUUAUACAUCUCCAAGUAUGUUCUCAACAAAAGAAACCAACGAAACUGUUUCAUGCUUCACUACGAGUGCUACAAAGGCAAAGACGAGAGAAAACUCGACACCGAGACUUGUGCCAAGAUCGUUCAACGAAACAAGAACUUAGGUCUCGAAGAGUACAGGUUUCUUCUCCGCACAAUGGUUAGUUCCGGUAUAGGAGAAGAAACGUACGGCCCAAGAAACGUCCUUGAAGGUAGAGAAGCCUCUCCUACACUCCUCGACGCCCACUCCGAGAUGGACGAGAUCAUGUUCGACACCCUCGACAAGCUUUUCCACAAGACAAAGGGUUUAGUCUCUCCUUCAGACAUAGACAUUCUCGUCGUCAACGUCUCUCUCUUCGCUCCAUCUCCUUCUUUAACCUCGAGAGUCAUCAACAGAUACAAGAUGCGUGAAGACAUCAAGUCCUACAACCUCUCGGGGCUAGGGUGUAGCGCGAGCGUUAUAUCGAUAGAUAUAGUGCAACGCAUCUUCGAGACUCGAGAGAACUCGUUUGCACUCGUUGUUAGCACCGAGACGAUGGGUCCUCAUUGGUAUUGCGGUAAAGAUAGGUCAAUGAUGCUAUCAAACUGUCUCUUCCGUGCUGGAGGAAGCUCUGUUCUCUUAACCAACGCACCACGGUUCAAGAACAUGGCUCUGAUGAAGCUUGUGACUGCCGUCAGAGCCCAUGUGGGCUCUGACGACGAGGCCUACUCGUGCUGCAUACAGAUGGAAGACAAAGAUGGUCACCCAGGGUUUCUCUUAACCAAGUACCUCCAAAAAGCAGCUGCUCGAGCCCUAACCCUAAACCUAAAAGUCCUUCUUCCUAGAGUCUUGCCACUCAAGGAACUGAUCCGGUAUGCGAUAGUCCGCGCUUUUAAAGGAAUAACCACCACAAAAGGAGAGUCCAGAAGCUCGGGAAUAGGUCUAGACCUGAAAACAGGUCUAGACCAUUUUUGUAUUCACCCUGGAGGAAGAGCGAUUAUCGAAGGUGUCGGGAAAAGCUUGGGGCUCACGGAAUUCGAUAUCGAGCCAGCGAGAAUGGCGCUUCAUAGGUUUGGGAAUACAUCUUCAGGUGGUUUGUGGUAUGUUCUUGGUUACAUGGAAGCUAAGAAGAGGCUGAAGAAAGGUGACAAGAUAUUAAUGAUGAGUAUGGGAGCUGGAUUCGAGUCUAACAACUGUGUUUGGAAGGUUCUUAAGGAUCUUGACGAUAAGAAUGUUUGGGAAGAUUCUAUAGAUCGAUAUCCUGAAAUGUCGAAGAUUCCUAAUCCGUUCUUGGAGAAGUAUAAUUGGAUCAAUGAUGAUACCAUGAGCUUUGUUCGUGUUUGAGUCAUCCCAAGCCCAAGUAAGCAUAGAUAAGAAGAAAAAUUAAGAUGGAGACCUUUUUUCAAAAUAUAAUUUAUGAGUAGUCAUAAGAAAUGUUUCUUUUUCAGGUGUUAUUGUUACUAAAUUUGGGUUAUUUAGAAUGAUUAGAGCAUUUCCAAUGUAAAACUCUAUUUUUUCUUUCAAAAUAGAGUAAAAGUAUUAUGGAGUGAAAAUACUUUGAUCCUAUUCCAUUUCUCAUUCUAUAAAAAAAUAAAUUACUCUUUUAUGGCGUGAAAAAUGGUGUGGAAUGAAGCAUUUUCUAUUUUAUAUUCACUUUUACUUCAUUUAAAAGAAAAAUAGAGUUAGGUUGGAGAUGCCCUUAGACCGACACGUUGCUAUAGUGGAUGAUUGAUUGUUUUCCUUUUUUUUUCCCAGUUUGAACUGAAAAUAAAAUGUAAUAAUCACAGUUAUUAUUAUCUUUUGUAUACAAAUUGGUUGAAGAUUUGACUGGCGACCAGUUGGUAUAGUGUAUUUUAAUUUCUUAAGCUGUUUGCAUUUACUUUUUGACAAAAGUGAAGCAUUGUGUCUAACCCAUUUAUGAACUGAGAGUGAGCAAUAAAUUUCAUGUGUGUCCCAGAUAGUAACUGAUAGACAAUGUCGUCUAUGCUAUCUACACAUAUAUGGAUUGCUGUGUCAAACUCCCCCUGUCAUUUUCUUUGAAUGCUUUCAGUUUUGUUGUUAGCUUGUGGAAAUGUGGAGCCUUGCAUAAAAAUAGAAACUUGUGGUGGUCCUAUGAUUUUGCAAGAUUAAGGGGAAAGUGAGGAAAGACAAUUGUAUGGUUGCUAUUAUAUAAAACAUAUUUUAGAAGAAAAUGUUCCGUGACAACAAAAAAGACUAGAAAAGCUCUCAGGCCCGACUCCCUAGGCAUGGAGCUCCGCCGUUCCAGAUCUGACGCCAAGACCUCCUUUUUCUGAAGAAUCUGUCCUCCUCCUCCAUGGUGUUGAUGGUGAAGGCCCCUCCUCCGUCGCGGUGCCGACCUCCUCCCGAUCCCCCACCAUCUAAGCUUCUUUUGGUAGGAUUUGAAACUCUCACUUCCAUCAUCCCACCUGAACCACCAGAUCCUCCAGACUUGUUCUUCGUCUUUAUUCAUCGUCUUCGGCCUUUGGCCUCGUUCUCUAGCGACUUUAGCGUCUCUCUCGGAACACUUACCCAAACUUGGGAUUUCAAGUCUCCUCUUUCAGAUCUAGCGAUUAAUUCCAUUGGCAGUGCUGCUUCUCCUAGACCAUCGUACCUCUCCAACAAGCCUUGUGAAGGUAUUGUCUAUGUACCUCUUUGGAACAAAUCGUUUUUGAGGAAAAUUCAUUGUGAUGUCUGCCAGUUGAAACCCUAUUUACCUCAGUGUGAGGAUGUUACUCUCUCUUUAACUCUUAGGAUGAGAUCUAGUUUACCUCUGUAUGAGGAUGAUGAACUCCCUGUUAACACUCUGCUACCUCGUUAUGAGGAUGUUCUCGUUGGUUUGAGUGGCAUUGUUACAGGAGACUUUGUGUUGAAGAAGGUUAUCUCAGAUGCAGAAACUAUGACCUCACUAGCUCUUUUUUCAGCAAUCUUUGAUACUGACCUUUUGGCCAUGCUGGCCCUUGAGACUUUAAUGUCUCUCCUUUGUGAAAUUGUCUGGAACUGUCAAGAUGCAAAAGAUGUUUCUCUAGUGUUGGUGAGAUCUUCACUCAUGGUUGGAGCUUUGAUGAUUUGCUCAGUUCUUCUCAAGGCUAAGGAAUUAAGCCUCCUUAGAUUUCAUAUAUUCUCAGACUCUCAAGUUUUCAUAUCUACCCUGCGCUUAAGGUCUGGUUUGAAAGAGAUUGCAGGUGUUCUCCAUGACGGUAGAAGCCUUGCUACUCUCUUCAAUCCUCUAUCUUUUAGCUUCAUUCCUUGUAUUGAUUAUGUUCAGGUUGUUUCUUUGGCAAAGGCUAGCCUUGAAUGUAUGAUUGUUAAAAACUUUGUGUUUUAAGUUAUUUGAAUGAAAGAAAUAGUUGACAAAAAAAAAA